AUGAGGCAAGCCGCCAAGAGGCGCUUUAGUCUCUCAGCCAACUUGAAAAUCGGGGAGUGCCGCAAGUGUUGCCAGGCCCCCAAGAACGAGGACGAGUAUAUCCCCUUCGCACAGGAGAACCUGGUGAAGAAAUGGGGCUCGAUGACCGACCUAGACAAUAGGAAGCAGGACAGGAACAACGUCCCGUCCCAGCGGAACCGCUUUGUCCUCAACCUCAACGUCGGGGGGAAAUGUUUCCAGAUCGCCUGUAAGGUGGCUGCUAAGUACCCAAAGACGAGGAUCGGCCAGCUGGCCAUCUCCAAGGACCCCAGGAAGAAGCUGGAACUUUGCGACGACUAUUCGGUGCUGAAGAACGAAUACUUCUUCGACCGCGACCCGCUCAUGUUCCACUAUGUCUUCCACUUCUACCGCAGCGGCGUGAUGUGGAUCAAGGACGAGCUGUGUCCGGCCAACUUUGUCGAUGAGAUCGAGUACUGGGGCAUCCACAUCAAGUACACCCAGAGGUGCUGCCGAAUCCUCUUCGAGGAGAAACAGGACGAGCUGGCCGAAUACCUUAAAGUCCAGCGGGAGCUGGAAGCAGAGCUGGAGCCGGUGAAAAAGGGGGAGCACUUUGACGGCAAAUGUAUGGGCCAUUUCCGCAAGACCGUCUGGAACCUGAUCGAGAACCCCUACUCCUCCAUCCCGGCCAAGAUCAUCGCCGUCAUGUCCAGCUUCUUUGUCCUCAUCUCCAUCGUCGGGAUGACGCUGAGCACCGUCGAGGAGAUGCAGCACAAGGCCAGCAAGAACUGCUUGGAGCAGCUGGAGGCCACCUGCGCCAUCUUCUUCACCUUGGAGUACCUCAUGCGCGUCAUUUCCACCGCCACUUUCCAGCAGUUCCUGCGGGCGGCGUUCAGCGCCAUCGACAUAGUGGCCAUCAUGCCCUUCUACAUCCAGCUCCUCUUCGAGAACCUGGGCGAGGGGGAGGGGGAGUACCACGAGGAGCUGCACAAGAUGCGCAGCAUGGGCAAGCUGGGGAAGGUCCUCAAGCUGAUCAAGCUGAUGCGCAUCUUCCGCAUCCUCAAGCUGGCCCGCCACUCCACCGGCCUGCGGGCCUUCGGCUUCACCAUCCGGCAGUGCUACCAGCAAGUCUGCUGCCUCCUUCUCUUCAUCGCCAUGGGCGUCUUCACCUUCUCCGCCCUGAUGCAUUCGGUGGAACAUGACGUCCCGGGCACUGACUUCACCAGCAUCCCCAACGCCUGGUGGUGGGCAGCGGUCAGCCUCUCCACGGUGGGCUAUGGAGACACGGUGCCGGACACGGUGCUGGGCAGGAUGGUGGCCUUUGCGUGCAUCUCCUUCGGUAUCAUCCUCAACGGGAUGCCCAUCUCCAUCCUCUACAACAAGUUCUCCGACUAUUACGCCAAGCUCAAGUCCCACGAGUACCAGGCCACCAUCUCGCUCAAGCUCUCCCGGAAGCUCCACCUGAAGCGGAGAACUUGGCAGAAGUUCCUGGAGUGUUGCUGCCCGGAGGACUACCUCACCUGCCAGCCGGCGGCAGGCCAACGUUCCACGCUGCAGUCUGGCCAUCCGGGGCACCCCGUUAUUCACCAACCGCGGCACAGUCACCACCAGCUGCUACCUUCUGCUCCUCACUCCCCCUGUCCUCAGGGCCACCGCGAUGGCCCUGCCCACUACCGGGGUCAUCACGCUCACCUGGGACUUCCCACCUCGCACCUAUCGUCGUCGGGCCACCCCACCCCUCAACACUCCGCCCACUCGUUGCUGCAAGCCAGGCAGUCUGGCCAGUAG